AUGCACGAGAUGGCGGUUUUUCAUUUCUUCAUAGUCGCGUUGACCUACUUUGAAUAUGGGUAAACUACUGGUUUUCCAUUCUCAAAAGAUCACUUUUAUUGAGUAAUUUUACUAACGUCCGCGAAAUUGAAAGCUUGCAUCUUUAAAUUGAGAAUACUUUGUGAACAGGCACCUGCUUCCUUUGUCAUCCCUAGUUCACCGGGUGUAUUAAAUCUGAAGUGUACGUAAUCUUACCUCACCAUCCAGAAUAUCGUGAAAUUCACCAAUAGCUUGCACAUCGGACAUCCGAUCUCCACUAAUCUGACUCACUUUCAACCCUAACCCUCCCUCAAGCAGGUCGUCUGUGUUUUAAGUGUUUGAACAAUAUUCGCAUCUGUUACGAUUUACGCCGUGAACUAUUUUCUCCAUGAUCUUUACAUUUUCGAACGUUGCGCUCUAACUGUAUCUAAAUGCGAUAUUUUUAAAAUAACGUCAACUUCUAAGUCGAUACCUACCAUUCGACAACCUGCAAGGAAUAUAAAACGUGGUAACGCUCAGUUACGCAUUGUGAAAUGAGGAAGGGAAGCAAUCCCGUUUGUGCAAAUUUUAAAGCUCUCGCCGCGAAUGUGAGUUUAGGCCUUUUGAAAUAAGUAUACAGUCAGAAGUCUUCACAUUUCCGACAGUUAUGUUUUUUCUGCGCCAAAACUUCCUCUUCAGUAGGUGGGCUAACUCAUGAAAUGUCAACCGAAAUUCCGAAAUGCGUUUUGGGCUCGAAACGAUUACUUAUAGUGGGUUGCAAAAAUAAUCAUCGUAGAGCAUAACUUUAUAAUGAUUCAGUUACCAAAAGAUACCGGAUUUGAACGCACCCCUUUGCGCUGCUUGUAAAAACAAUACCAUGUAAUAAAUGCCUACUUACGUAUCAUGUCUUUUUUCAUGUAUUUUCGAUGCUCCUAAUAAGUAUAUUAGAUUUCAUAUCUAACAUACACAAAUAUAUUCAUUCUCCUGCUUAUUCGGUAGAAAAUGACGCUUUCCUUUAUUUUUACACUCGAAGAAAGGGUAUAAUUCGGUGUUAAAAAGGUUUCUAAUUAUGAGAUUUUUUAGUAUCAUGUAAUGGCCGUUCAUAAAACGUCAUGUCAAUGCAUUUACCAAUGUGGCUUGCAGAGUUACCAAUAUGGCUUAACUCCACUGCUAGAUUAUCCGAGGCCCAAAUAUCCUCCUCAUAAUACCACAGAGAAAUGUAUGAUUUUUCGUAUGCAAAAACUACACGGUUUGUAGUUUGAAAGCCUGAAUACAAGUUUAACUGCAGAUCGGGUUCGAAUUUAUCGAGGAAUGGGUAAAGUUUUUGAAAACCAAAUUAUACCUUUCCUUCAAGUAUGCAAUUAUAAGAAGACGUCAUUUUCUAUCAAAUAUGCAAGAGAACGAAUAUGUUUAUGCAUGUUUCCCCUUGAAAUAUAAUUGAAUUUGUAGGGUCAUCGUAAGACAAAAAGAAAGAAAGCUAGAUAAUUAGUCAUUUAUCACAGAGUAUUGUUUUACAUGCAACGGAAAGAGGUGCAUUUCAAAGCCGGCAUCCUGUGGUAACUUAACCAUGCUGUACGAUGCUUAGUUUUACAACUUUACUUUAUUAGUCUUUUCGAAACCAAAAUGCAUUUCCGAAUUUCGGUUGACAUUUCGUGAGGUAGCUUACAUAAUGUACCUGGUAAAUGGUAUAAAACAAAAAGGCUAGGUCAAGAAUAUCUUUGUAGGUAGAAGAACCAUUAAAUUCCUGUGCACGUGCCUUCAUAACUAGGAGAUGCUCUUGAAGGACUGCUAAGUGGGAUCGUUUUCGGGCAAGUCCUUUUAUUUCACUGUCCUCAUUAAAAGCAACUCAUCAAUACUGCUUCAUAUAAUUUUGAAUUCACCCUCGAGGUCAAAUUGCAAAAUGCGAUUCCUGUGAAGACUAACUCCGACUUGAGUUGAUCUGCAGACAUUAGUGCUUCAAGAGAGUGGCGAGCUAUAUCAUAUUGAUUUUUUAACGGAACUAUGAGUCAAUUUUAGGUACUGUCAAGACCCUUGCAACUGGAGUAAACGUAUUAUCCCGAGGGGAGCAGCUGGAAACUUCACCGUAGAAGUUCCGAUACAUUACAGUUAUCGGGUGAGUUCACAAAUUACAGGUGCUGAUGAAAUGAAUACCUGUUAGGGAUGCGAAAAGCGCUUUUUAAUUAGCCUGUCAUAUAAUGUUGCAAAUGUUUAUAACAACAAUGCCUUAUCCAUGUCUUUCAGGGUGGAUAUAUAAAUGGGGAACCCUUUGGAACAUAUUUUUGGGCAAGGGGCUGGUGUACGCACAAAAAGGGCUAUUUUCAGUGUCCCUAUGGAAAACGUAUGCUGCUUGUCCUUGCCCAAUCCUUCAAACAAACAUUUGCCUCUAACGUAAACAAGUUAUAGAUCACUCCUGUCUAGUCAAACCAAAAAAACACAAAACUCUCCAUCGACAACGAGAUAAUUACCAAUAUACUUCAAACAAAAUAAAUAAUUUGGGAAUAAAAGCAACUGAUUUGUACACUUUUGACCUUGAUUCCCUAAGCCAUGCUCAGACAUGAAGUGAUUGCGCGAAACACUAAAUAUUUAAACAUACUAGAAAUCGAUAUUUCUGUCACUCCUGCUGGUCAGACUUUACCGUGUGCUGACAUCAUGAACUGAUUAGCAAACGUAUUCUCCACUAUUCCUUGAAGUUUUUGAACACACCAGCUAAUUUCGUAUGUCGAUUUAUGAAUGAGUUUUCAGAAUAAAUGACCUCUAAAAAUUCGUUACCAUUUCUAAACUUAUGUAAAUGUGUAUUGCGAAAUGAGCAUCCCCGAAAAUUUAGUGAAAAAGCCGGCAGUUUUUUAUCGUGUAAAUAAAUCACAUAUAAAUAUAUUACUGUCUUUAUGUAGCGGUGACGUGCUGCAUAAAAUAUUCCAAUAAAAAUAAAUUAGAAUAUUUAUUGUUGACUUAAUUGCACGAGGAAUUAAAUAAAAUAAUGACUCGACGUUCACUCUGUAUUUUAAGGGAAUGACAUCCAUACGACCACCCUCACACUCCCACAAGUUGAAAAUAUCUCCUACGUUAUGCUGAAGGACAGCUAUCCGAUUACGCUUCACAGGACGGAGGACAAAACCGUCCUUACGUUUGUUUGUUUCCCACCCUGA